AUGGCCCAAACUCACGUCGACUCCAGCUCCGAAACGCGAACGGUAGCCGACAGAGUCGACACCCCUCUGCGCUCAUUAAAACACGAUCCAGACCUAUGGUUUGAGGACGGCAGCAUCGUUGUUAUAGCCGAGAACACUGGGUUUCGCGUACACAAGCUCCUGCUCUCUCAUCUGUCGCCGGUCUUCCGAGACGUCUUCAUGGUUCCGCAGCCCGUCGCGAUCGACAGCGGCCCGAGUAUCGUCGAGAAUUGCCCUGGGAUUCGCGUCUCCGACAGCGUCUACGACAUGAAGUGCUUGCUCCGCGCGAUCUACGACGGUAGGGGAUACCUGACGGAAAUGUCCCCCUACAUCCCCUUCCCGGUGAUCUCCGCACUUAUGCGCCUAGGCCACAAAUACGAAAUCAAGGGCGUCAUAGACGAAGCCGCAAGCCACCUCGAGGAGUACUUCACCACCGACUUCAGGCGCUGGCUCCAGCUCUGCAGCGAGGACAUCGACGCGACCUUCGACUUCACAAAAGACGAGGAGGGCGCGGAACUCUUCGAGGCCGUCAACCUCGCACGUUUGACCGGCAAGUUUGCCAUCCUCCCCCUUGCCUUGUACAAAUGCUGCCAGCGCGAUGUCGCUGAAAUCAUGUUCGGAAUCGAGCGGGAAGCCGGCGGCGUCGUCCGUCUCAGCCAAGAUGACAUCGAGCGCUGCGUCCGCGCGCGCGAACGCUUGCUCCGGGAGUCGUGCGAGCUAGCCGGGACCAUAGCAAGCGCUAAAUGUCCUGCCCGCCGCUGUAUGACGCCCCGCGCCUGCCCGCGGCACCUGGAGCGCCUCCGCGAGACAUUCACCAGCAUGCUUGGGGAUCUCGUCAACACGGCCGUUCUCUCUGGUCUUCGGGAGCAACUGGGAGAGUUGACGGUGCUCCCGGAGUGGACGCAGCUGUGUUACGAGUGCCGCGACGAGCUUAUCAGCCAGCACAAGCUCAAGCAGCGGCAGGCGUGGGGAAAGCUUUUGGAGAUCUUGGAUUUGUCGGACCAAGAUCUGGGGAUCGAGUGGGCGGGCCCGUGGCCCUCGUGGGAUAUGGAAAUGUUUUGA